AUGGCUCCCAAAAAGGGGACCUCGCCGUCCUCGGACGAGAGAACGCCCCUCCUCCCCUCCAUCGAACACCAACCAGCAACGCCCCUCCCCAUCGGCUCGGAAACCAACGCCAUCCCACCAAACGAGUUCGACCUCCUCCUCUCCAAGUCCCUCCCGACCACCGGCCCCUUCCUCGAGCCCGAGUCCACCGUGAAUCCGCUCCUGCGUGGGCCCCGCCGCUACUCCAAAACCUCCAACCGCCGCCCGUCCCUCGCCAGCCGCUCCGACCGCUCCGACUCCGGCCUUGAGACCGCCGUCACCGUCGCCGACGACGAUGCCUCCGACGCCGCCAGCAUCAGCAGCGUCGAGUCCACGCCUUACCUCAACGGCAUCUCCCGCUCGCGCUUCUGGUUCAUCUUCGCCGAGAUCCUGCUCACCUACUUCAUCGCUUGCUUCGACGGCACCAUCAUGGCCAGCAGCCACCCCGUCAUCACCUCCUACUUCCACGCCUCCAACAGCGCGUCCUGGCUCUCCACCGCCUUCCUGCUCACCAGCUCCGCCUUUCAGCCCCUGCUCGGCCGCCUGUCCGACAGCAUCGGCCGCAAGCCGCCCUACGUCGCCACCAUGGCCAUCUUCUGCGUCGCCACCGUCUGGUGCGCCCUCGCCCAGAGCAUGACCAGCUUCAUCCUCGCCAGGGCGGCCUGCGGCCUCGGCGCCGGCGGCAUGAUGACCCUGGGAAGCAUCAUCGUCAGCGAUCUGGUGCCCAUCGAAAACCGCGGCGCCUACCAAUCCUACAUCAACAUGAUCUACGGCGUCGGCUCCGCCCUCGGCGCGGCCCUCGGCGGCGCCAUGGCAGACCACCUCGGCUGGCGCUGGGAAUUCGGCAUCCAGGUCCCGCCCCUGAUCAUCUGCUGCAUCAUCGCCGUCAUCGCCGUGCCCGGCGACCUCGGCCUCCCGCGCGGCGCCAAGCGCGAGACCCUCGUCGAGGCCCUGCGCGCCUUCGACUUCAAGGGCUCCGCCCUCCUCACCACUGCAAUCACCUUCUUCGUCCUCGGCCUCAACCUCGGCGGCAACGUCCUGCCGUGGUCCCACCCCGUCGUCGUCGCCUCGCUCGUCAUUUUUGGGGUGUCCUUCCCCGUGUUCUUGUACGUCCAGUCGUACGCCGGACGGCCCAUCAUGCCGCUGUACCUCGUCCGCCACGCCCCGAGGGCGAACCUCAUCUUCUCAAAUUUCUUCGCGGCCCUGCUGAGUAACGCCAUCCUGUUCAACAUCCCCCUCUUCUUCCAAGCCGUCCUCCUAACAACAGCAACCUCCUCCGGCCUCCGCCUCGUCCUCCCCUCCGUCGUCUCCUCCAUCGUCGGCACCGCCACCGGCUUCCUCAUCACCUACACCCGCCGCCUCAAAUGGCCCCCGCUCUCCGGCGCCUCCGCCCUCUUCGUCGGCUGCCUCGCCCUCUCCCUCAUGCGCCGCGGCUGGCCCUCCUGGCUCUACCUCCUCUGCCUCGUCCCCUCCGCCGUCGGCCAGGGCUUCCAGUUCCCGGGCACCUUCAUGGCCGUCCUCGCCGCCUCCGACCAGCGCGAGCAGGCCGUCGUCACCAGCACCCUCAUCCUCUGGCGCUCCCUCGGCAUGGUCCUCGGCGUCGCCAGCAGCAGCCUCGUCGUGCAGAACGCGCUCGUCGGCUACCUCGACGAGUUCGUCACCGGCCCCGACAAGGACGAGGUCAUCCGCAAGGUGCGCCAGAGCGUCGAGGAGGUCGUGAAGCUGCCCGAGGUGUACCGCGAGCAGGUCGUCAUGAGCUACGAGGCGGCGCUGCGGCUGACGUUCGUCUGCUGUACGGCGAUUGCGUUUGUGUCGGUGCUGACGCUGGUGCCGAUCAAGCUGCCCAGGCUUGGUUCGCGUAAAUAA